AUGGGGUCAGAUGGCCUGGGUUCAAAUCUAGACAUCAUUACUUACGUGUUAUGUUCCCUUAGUACGGGAGGGGAAAGUUCCAGUCGCAACGCUGAGAAGCGAUCAGCUGAAGAAGUAGCUGGUGACCUCCCAACAAAGCCUACAAAGAUCUCCAAGUUUGGGUUUGCCAUAGGUAGUCAGAUGACAAAGCAAGCAUCAGUCACAUCCAUCAAACUUGGAUCAAGUAAGCCUAAAGAAACUGUUCCAACUCUUGCUCCAAAAACCCUUUCAGUAGCAGCAGAUUUUAAUGAAGAUGGUGAGCCAGAGGAAAUGCCUCCAGAACCAAAGAUGAGGAUGAAGAAUACUGGAAGGGAUACACCAGUAUCAGCAGGACGAAACUCCUUCAACAAAGGAAAGCAUGGGUUUUCUGAUAACCAGAAGCUAUGGGAGCAAAAUAUAAAAUCUCACCUUGGAAAUGUCCAUGACCAAGACAAUUAAAUGAUGUGUUUUGAGAUUGGGGUGUGGGGGUGGGUGUAAAGUUAAAAGGAACAGUUUCCUUUUUUAAAGAAUG